GCAGUUGUCUCGCAGCAUCUUGCAGGGAUGGACAACAGCCUUGGGAGUCUCUUUGCAGAGGAGGGGCCAGAAGGUGCAGGGCACUCGAAGGGUGAGAAACUAUUGUAAGCGCAGACGGCAACACAAGAGGAGGAGAUUGUGGGACAAGCAUAGUAAUGAAGGGGCGGUGGUUGUGGAGAGUGAAAUGGGAGCAGGGCUAUAGGCAAGCUGGGGUUAAGCAGACCCUGCAAGAGGAUGAGCCCCGGGUAGGGCUCUGAGGGGGUCUGUCUGACAUGACCCAUUCUCAUCUCCUGCUUCACACCAAAUUGGCAUUGGCCUCUGCCAGUUGUCUGUGCCACCACUGAUUUACAAAGGCCUGCUGUGCACGGGUUAGAGACAAUAUUGCAAAAGACCUUGAGCAUCUAGAGGGUCUUUGGCUGGUCUUUUGCCCUCGGCAGACUGUGAAAUGUCAGCUGCUUUUAUUUUUUUCCCCUACAAAUAAAGUCAGGGUCUGUUUGCACCUGGAAUGCUCCUCAGAAUUUCCCUUUCCCGGCAGGAAGGGGCCUGGGGAGAUGGUGGACGGAAGGACCGGCAUGGCUGGUUUGGAUGGCUCUGCUGCAAUCCCACGUUUAGUUGGAAGAUACGGGCUCAUAAAAAGCUCUAACCUGGGCUUCCUCUCUGUGCCGUGCCUCCUGAAGGGCUCCUUCCCCUCCUCCUCAUGACUCUGCGGACCAUCUCCCCUCCCAUUCAGCCCUGCGUACCAUUGCUCCGGCAGGUGUAACAGUCCAUUAGACGGGUGAAUGAAAGAGUGCAAAGCCUGGAUGCGAGGUGCAAAGCCUGUGCUAUGCGGCAGCCCAGGUCUUUGCAGACCACAGGACUCUGUCUUAGAUGCAAAGUAUCUGAUGGGCUAAGGAUUUCCCAGCCUCGGGGCUGCCAGCUGCGCUGCCACCCGCCUGACUUGUUACGUACCCAGCCAGUUCCUCGGCUUCACGUGGGGAGGGGACGCUGGCCAACAAAUGGUCUCUGUGAGUUGCAGCGAGCCACUACCCGCUUCCGACUCCCCGACUGACUCGCUGAGCACCCCUCAGCGAGACAGCAUUACCGCAGCUCUUCAGACCAAGAUGCCGCCCUCGAUGCUGCUGGAGAGCUGCAACGAGGGGGUGCCCAGCGUACCAGGGGGCUCCGCUGUUCUGUUUCCAGAUGGCAUUGGCCCCGUGCAAGAUGCUCCUCUCCCUCCGUCCAAGUUUAAGAAGGAGGGUGAGAAACCCCAAGCUACCAUCUAUGAGGCACACUUGAAGCUGCCUGACUUCUGUUCCAGCCUCUCCCGGGACUUCAUCCCCACCCUGGAGGAGAUCGAGGAGUUCUUGAAGGAGAAGAUGGAGCUCCUCAAGGAGGAACUGGGUGAGAAGCAGCCGGUGGGAGGCAAGCUCGAGUUCAAGUCAGAGAUCAACCUGGGAAACUCUGGGGUGCAGCUCGUGCCCAGGAUGGUCACGGAGGGGGAUACAUCAAGCCCAACCCAGGCUGUGUUGGUGCCUGGGGCCACUGAUCUGGUGACAGCUCUCGGGAGCAUCCCUGUUAUCCUCCAGAUCCAACCCAUCCAGGGGAACAGUGCGAGCCCCCCUCCCCAGGAGGCUUUGGGGAGCAUCAAGGUGGCACACUUGGUCAUCAGCGUGCAGGGCCAAAGCCUGACCCUUCUCCCUCAGGCUGCCGAGCCCCCUGGGACCGUCUCAAAUCAGAAGUACAUCAAAAUUGCCCCCCUGCCUGUGGCUCUGAGGCCCGGGGAUCUGGGGGCUGUGCGAGCGGCUGAGGCCACCCCCAAGUGCCAGAAGGCUGCCUCUCCCAUUCUCCGUGUCCACCAGUGCUCCCACCCCGGCUGCAGCAAGACGUACACCAAGAGCUCCCACCUCAAAGCACAUUUCCGGCGCCACACUGGAGAGAAGCCUUACAUCUGCCUGUGGCCCAACUGUGACUGGAGGUUCUCCCGGUCGGACGAGCUAUCCCGCCACAAGCGCUCCCACUCCGGGGUCAAGCCCUACCAGUGCAUGGCCUGCGAGAAGAAGUUUACCCGCAGCGACCACUUGGCCAAGCACACGAAGAUCCACAAGAGCCAGCGCGGAGCUGGGAGCCGGACAGCUCAGGGCAUUGGCAGCAGUUAACCCUCUUGCUCCUGCCUGAUGGUGCCGGGGUGGAAACCAGCUGAGCCAGAGGCUGAACAGCAGUGCAAGCAGCCUCUCCUUUGGCAGGAGAGGGAAGGGACUCUUUGUGCAGGCUGUGGACGAUCCAAGGUCUAUCUCUGCCCAGUAGUGCCUUAUAGUCAGGGCCUGUCUCUGAUGGAGCCGUGUCCCCUCUAAAUACAUAUCAUAUACAUGAUAGAA